CACUGAUACAUAAUUGUUAAAGUAGCGGCCAGGUCCUGGUGUCAGACAGUGAUAUCUGUGUUUUCCUCUAACUGUUCUCCACAUUCCCAGGAACGGCGACGCAAGCAGAAAAUGCUGUGCAGCCAGCUCCAAGUUCUGCGUUUCCUGCUGGAGUUUUUGGAGAAAGCGGAUACUGCGAGCUGGGAGGAAACCAGCCCCGAGAUUCUGAGUGAGUGGCCAAACCAGCCCCGAGAUUCUGAGUGAGCGGCCAAACCAGCCCCCAGGUACUGAGUGAGCGGCCAAACCAGCCCCCAGGUACUGAGUGAGCGGCCAAACCAGCCCCCAGGUACUGAGUGAGCGGCCAAACCAGCCCCCAGGUACUGAGUGAGCGGCCAAACCAGCCCCCAGGUACUGAGUGAGCGGCCAAACCAGCCCCCAGGUACUGAGUGAGCGGCCAAACCAGCCCCCAGGUACUGAGUGAGCGGCCAAACCAGCCCCCAGGUACUGAGUGAGCGGCCAAACCAGCCCCCAGGUACUGAGUGAGCGGCCAAACCAGCCCCCAGGUACUGAGUGAGCGGCCAAACCAGCCCCCAGGUACUGAGUGAGCGGCCAAACCAGCCCCCAGGUACUGAGUGAGCGGCCAAACCAGCCCCCAGGUACUGAGUGAGCGGCCAAACCAGCCCCCAGGUACUGAGUGAGCGGCCAAACCAGCCCCCAGGUACUGAGUGAGCGGCCAAACCAGCCCCCAGGUACUGAGUGUGCGGCCAAACCAGCCCCCAGGUACUGAGUGAGCGCCCAAACUGUUUGCCACAGUGCCCACACCAGCCUCGAGGUACUGAUUGUGAGUGUCUGCUUCCCACAGACCGUGAGGUGAAAGAAGUAAAACAGAGUUGGAAGUUGCUGAAGGCAGAGUACCAUGAGAAAGUAAAGGACAUUAAGGAAUUGCUCCCCGAACUCCUCCAGAAACAACAUCGUCUGCGCCGGGGCAAGGAGCGCCUGGAGUGUGUGCUCCAACAGUACCGGCAGCAGGUCAGUUUAAGGCCACGGCUGCAGCCGGACAGGUUAAUGCCACAGCAGCGCUACUGUCUUCCUCUUAUUUCAAAUGUUUGUUUUCCUUUUCAGAGGGAAAUGGCAGAAGCUAUGCUGACACAACAGGUAUUGAUGAUUUAUUAAACAUUACUGAUAUAAAAUCACAUUAUGCUGUCCUAGCUCAUAAAUAUCC